AAAAAUGAAGUGCUAUGUGAAAUGAUAUUUAAUAAAUGAAAUAAAACAAGUGGUUCUUUUGUUAACUUUUUAUAAUGUUCGAUGGAUUUUAAUGUUAUGUUAGCGAUUGCAUUGUGCAAGGAAAGAUGGACGGUGCGAACGCUGACUCGGAUCAUUCUAUGACUUGGGAGGACUUUUUUGGUAGUACAACAGAUCUCACGCCCACACUCAUCGGGAUAUAUGACUCACUAUUGGAGCCAGUAAAGAGUCUGAGACCUGAAGCUAACCGCCUCGAAACAGCCAAAGAUGCCAGAAACGACCCACCUGUACAAGAAAGCAUUGAAGACAAUAUGACAGAGGAAAAGGAUGCUACAGUACCCGCAAGCCCACCGAAAGAUCCUUCCAAAAUAGCGGGCAGUAUUAAGCUACCCAUAGCGACAAUUAAUAAAAGUUCUCUCUUUACAUUACGAACUAAAAGUGAUAAUAAUGGUGCUAUUGAAUCCAAAUGUGACCUUACCAGUGAUACAGUUAAGGAAAAAGUGCAAAGGACGUUUAAAGAAAUCAAUAAAGAAACUACAACAUUCGACAAUCUCUCUCCAAAUGUUAAAAGAAUGAUAUCUGGUGCAGCGGAGACGACCACGCUGAAAUUCCAAAAGAAAUCAAUAACAAUAGGUAGAUCAUCAACAAGACGGUGUAAUAUCCCCCUUGUAGGGGCAACGUCGAAGAUAUCCCAAUCAGGCCUUGAAAUAUUGCCGUCAGUAGAAAUUUACGAUCAGCCAACUAUAAAAACUUUUAGCAACGAAUCCCCAGCGAAAACAGCAAUAACAGUCCCUCUAAUUAAACCAGAUUUUAAAAUCAAUGAUGAGCAAACGACUUAUGAUGUCCCAUCGAAUAAUCAACCUGCUAUAUACGAUGUUCCUAAUCUUAAUAAGACUGCUUUCGAAACUCUCUCCUUGCCUUUCAUCGACCAAUCCAUCGAACUCUCUAUUUCCUGUAACGAUAGGGAAUUCGAUACCAAAUUACCCUCGAAAGACAGUUCACCACAAAAACCUGAACCUAAAACAUCGACGCCUGAAGCAUCACCUAUCAAGUUUCCAAAAAAUCUGAAUGAUGGUACGAAUAGCUUACAUAGAAAGAACUUCGGAUCGAAAACAGAAGGUUCUCCGAGUAAGUUACUGAAAACUGGACCGUAUCCAGAAGCAGUGGCGUCUACAGGUAACUUGAAAAUGAUACAAGAAAAAGAAGUUAUCAGACUAAAUCCAGCGAUUGAAGUGACUAGACCUUUAUCAAUGAGUUCCAUUGCGUCAUCUAGCUCUACUUCAAGUAGUGGUGUUCAAAAUAAGGGAGGAGUGAACUCCGCAUACUUGGCUUCGAUCGAAAGUCUAGAUGAUCAUAGUGACGCUGAUAUGACAUCUGCGAAUGGGAGCAACAACUUUGUCAACAGUGCUGGUAUGCUGAAGACCAGCGUGUCAGAAGACAGUCGGACGGAAUUGCCGAGACAAAACGCUUUCGAGGAGAUGCCCGGACUAUCUCAGCUGGAACGAGUAUGUGCAGAGAUCGUGCAAACAGAAAAUGUCUACGUAGAAGAUCUCAGGCAGGUUGUUGAGGGCUAUCUGCACGCAUGGCGACGGGACGCUACGUUUUCCGAGGAGGAGCUUUCAGAACUCUUCAAUAAUAUCGAAGACAUCUACAAUUUUAAUAGAUCACUCUGCAGCGAGCUGAACUCGUGCCGCUUGGACGCCACCUGCAUAGCGAGGUGUUUCGUUAACAACACCACCGGUUUCUCGGAUUACACCUCAUACUGCACUGGUUAUCCAAAGACCAUGGAGCGUCUAGCGUUACUCGCGUCUCGACCGCAGAGCGCCAGGGAGUUUCGAGAACGGCAAAUGGAGCUGAGACAUCCUUUACCUCUUGCAUCGUAUUUGUUGAAGCCUGUGCAACGGAUUCUGAAGUACCAUUUGCUAUUACAAAAUGUGGUUAAGCAGUGCGCAUCCCGCGAGACCGAGUACGCUUUGCUGAAGAUGACCAGCAUCGCCCAUCACAUAGAUGACAUGAAGAGGCGGCACGAACAUGCUGUCAGAGUUCAGGAGAUCCAGUCGCUGUUGUAUGGAUGGAAUGGGCCAGAUUUGACGACGUACGGAGAGCUAUGCGCCGAAGGGACAUUUAGAGUUUUCGGCGCAAAGGCAAUGCGACACGCCUUCCUCUUCGACAAAAUGCUGCUCGUCACGAAGAACAGAGAAGAUGGAAUACUGGCCUAUAAGUCACAUAUAAUGUGUAACAACAUGAUGCUCGUGGAAUCCAUCGCGGGAGCGCCGCUGUCCUUCCAUGUGAUCCCAUGGGACGCGCCCCGUUCUCAGCUAACUCUGCAAGCCCGAUCGCAACGACACAAGCGAGAAUGGACUCUAUUACUAAAAAGAGUUAUCUUGGAGAACUAUAACGCAGUGAUCCCUUCGCAUGCACGACAGUUAGUGAUGGAGUUGGGACAAAAUAAAACUGACGAUGACAUUCUCGCCGAGAAAUCUCACAACCUAAUAACACAAGCAUCCAUGAGAAAACAGUUAUCUGCCCCAGAAUAUCUCGAGAAACGAAAGCUGGAGAGGGAAAGAAGGAAAUCCUUUGAAAAUGGCAUCAGAGGAAGACUUAAGAAAGUUAACAGAAAGUAUCCUACAAAUCAUUCCAGAGAUGAAAGCCAAGAUUGUGAUUGCGCUCAGUUUUCAGCAGACAAAGGCACAGACUAUACAUGCGACGUCUGUUACAUAGAUCUGUGCUCAGACUGUGAUACUGAAGUCACUAAAGAAAAAAAAAAAGAUGAAAAAUGUAGCUGUAAUAAAAACACUGAUAACGAAGCCAGGGAUCGAUGCGCAGAAUGUGAUAGAGCCCUUCAUUAUAUCGACUCUGGAAGUACAGAACAAAUUGAAAGGAAGAAGUCCUGCAAAUGUUCCGAUUUUAAAUCCUCACAGGAGAGUGUAACUAAAGAAUUUAGUGGGUCUUUGAAUAAAACUAGAGGCUACCACUCAACUGACAAUAUUGUUAGUUAUACAGACAGUAAAAGUAAAGAAGAUUUGACUGAAACCAACACAUCUAUGGCGAACGUCAAGAACAUUCCAAAAACUUGCCUAAAAUGCUCAAAAAUAAAAGAAAAUAUAGCAGUAAUUGACGCAACGGGGACUUUACGUAGGGAAAAUACAAUGAGGAAGUCUAGGUGUAAUAUUGAAAAGCACAGAACUGAUACUUUAAGAUCUAAGUCUAAAGACGACCCACAGAGAUCUAAACUAUCCAAAAUUGGUACUUGGAGAAGAAAGUCUGAACCUGGUCUGCAAAAUACUGUUAUAAUUACUAAAAAAUCUCAAGACAGUGAUAGUGAAAGGGUAGAAAGCAAAGGAAGUGAAAAGAUAGAAUUUGAAUGUCGAAAUUGUGGUUCCAAUAAGAUUACCAAGAAAACUAAAUCAAAUGAUGGAGCUAUUAUAUCCGAUCCAGAGCUUGACAGUAGAAAAAAAUUGACAAACAGUGGACUCAAACCGAGUUUGGAAAUAAAAAUGUAUAACACUAAAAAUAUACCAAAGAAAAUCACAAAAAUUAAAAAGAACAGGGCGAAAGGAUUGCGCCUUGGAUCAGAUACGACAACACGAUUUUACACUGAUUUUUCUACUGAUGUAUCUACGGAAAAUAUAUUGCACAUAUCCGAAUCAACUGACAGCCUAAAUAUAGAUAAAUCCAAGAAUCAACCAAGUUUAGACAUCCCUGAUUCAAUAAGUAAAGAUGAAGACAUCGAUGAAGAGACAUAUAAAAAGCUAAUAGAAAAAACAGAUUCAUUUAAAAAAAAUGAACUAGAAAAGGUUAAGUUCUUGAAUAAGCAAAAAGUAAUAUCAGAAGGAACUGAAGUUGAAGAUAAAUUACAUGAAAAUGAAAAGUUGCAGGAGGAAGUAGAGGUUCAAGAAAGUUGCGAGGAAAUUGAACAACCUCUAGAACAAAUCAUAUCUCAACUCCUGUUGGAAAAUAGAGAAUUUCAAAAGCUACUCAAAAAACAACAGUUACGUAAUACUGCACAAAGAAGGCAUCAGAGACUUUUAAAGUCCCACUCAAACCCGGAUACAGUAAUUUUAGCCAAAAAUGAACUCACAAAGUUAAAACCAAAGUAUACUAGGCAAUUAUCAGAAAACAUAGAGCUGAAUAUAAAUGAACAGAACGAUACUGAACGAAAUGUUCAAAGUGAAGCUGACGACGCUUCUGAUGAAGAUCAUAUCUAUGAAACUCUGCGAAUAGAAAACAGAGUCGAUAAUAGCUUACAUGAGUUAAAUAAUAAAAGUAAAUUAAUUCAGCACAACACACAUGUGUCUCGACCCAAAAGGUUAUCAUCGCCCCAAAAUCAGGUCGCAAUAACAAAAAUUUGCGGACCAGAAUCAGAUUAUGUUUACCUAACUUUUGAUGAAGUCAAGCGGCGUGAAAACUUGGAAGAUGGCGUAUAUGAUGUGCCUGUAAAAUCCCCAGAAAAGGUUUUAAAAGUUCAGCAAACUGCAAAUGUUGCAGAUUACUACGUUGCUAUGGAACAUCAAGGCCCUGCAACGAACGAUGAAAACAUUUAUGACAACUUAAUAGAUGUGUGUCGGCGAAAUAACGAAGUACCAAAUGCUUUUCCUACGGAUUAUUUACCUAUGAGUCCUGACCAACAAAGCCCAAACACUCCAGAAAUAUGGCUGAGCCGACAAAAAGAACACUUUAACGUUUCUAGAGAUAGAAAAUCUGGAUCCCUACCUAGAAGUUUUCAAGUUGUGAUGAGUGGCCAGGAAGAAAACAAUUUAAGCACCUUUAAAUAUAAGCCAAAUUGCAACAGCAAAACUUAUCUUAAUAGAGACGGUAAAGUCAUGAGCGUCGAUCGACCUUUUACAAUCGCAUCUGAUCAAAGUGAAAUAAGCUACGACGAUGUUGAAACUUACAUGAGCGAAGGGGAUAUACUGAAAUUCAAUAAAAGCUCAAAAUCAAAAGACGAAGAAUAUCCUCAAAAUAUAAGUAAGUCAACAUUAGAGUUAGAAGAAGAGAUUGAUAGGUGUUAUAAAAGCAACUUUGAAAAAGUAGAUUUGGAUACAAGUAAGGAAGAAAGCCCAAUAAACUCAUCUCAAGUCAACUUAAUUGUGUCUACAACAUCAUCUUGUGAAGCAUUAACAGUCGAACAAACUGAAGAAAAACCGAAGCUCGUUGAUGUUAUACAUCCUGAACAUAAAAUUUAUAAACCAACGAGUAAUGUUCUUUCACUAAAAAAUGUUCUAAGUCGAUUUAAAAGCCGUACGCCUCCAAAGAAUAGUGAAGAUACAGAAAUAAAUGCAAAUGACCAAAGUUUUGAAAGCACAAAAUCUGAUUUAAAAAGUCCAAUCAAUGAAAAGAGGUCUGCAUUAAAUCCUCGAAGUUACUCUAAAAACUUAUUACAGCGAUUUAGAAGUAUAAUUGGUGAUGAACAGCCGGACGAUAUUCAGAAUAAACAAGAUGUUUCUAAAACAAAAGGUGGAGAUAGUCAGAAUAGUAUGAAGGCCGAAAUUAAAGUUAUUAUCACGUCUACAGAUAAUAGUCCCACGACAUCAACGAUUGUAUAUUCCAUUCAAACUGAUGCUCUCAGCAAAAGUGUUUGUGAACACACUACAAUGAGUGAGAGUCAGAAAGAGAAAAACAACUUAGAAACUUUAUCACAAAGUUGCGAAAAUAUUAAUGAAAAGCUGACUUUGUAUCGACCAAAUUACGAGAAGAGUGUAAGCAUGUUAACCAACCUUACAAGUUCGGUGAGUAGUACUCCUUCGCCAUCUAAAUCUAAUUGCAGUUCUUAUCAGAGCCUUAACAAAUUGCCAGUCUACAUGCAAGGUAGUAAGCAUUUAGGCGCUAGAAUAGCUCAAUCAGACUAUGUCGAUCCAACGACCUUGAUAAAUGAAAAGAACGCGCUUAAAAACGUCAAUGUACUUAUUAAUAAAAACGCCUUAAGACCCGAUAGCUUAUUUUCGAACUCCUCCUUCGUUACUUCAUCCAGUGACAGUACAUAUCACGAAAACCAAAAUAAGGUUAUUACUAUGCAACAAACCCUAGUAACUGAAAAGUGUGUGGAAAAACAAAAUUCGGAUGAAAGUUUUUACGAAAAAUCGUUUGAAAAGAUAGAACAUAUUACCGAUGAAGACAUGUUCAGAGAUUCAGCCGUUUACUCUGAUCAAGAUGAACUGGAAGAUUCACAUACAGAACAAAAUGAAAAAGACAAAAUGGCAAACAAACAUUUAACUAGAGUUGAAAGUAUUAAACGAGAAUCUUCGGUCAGAACUAAAAAAGUGAUUGUGUCAACAAGUGUUACAGAGAAAAGUAGUAUUAAUUCCAGAGUUGUUACGACGACUGUUAAAAACCAUCAGAUUGGGAGUAAUAGAAAUAUUUAUAAAGAUGAAAGAGUUGAAAACAAGGAAAAGGUUGUGAAAGCAAAAGUGGCUCCGCCUGUACCACUUAAACCUAAAAUAGCGAGUGUACCUACAGUUGCAAGUGUCCAAAGUAAAAUUGUAACAUGUAACACUAAUUUAACGAAAACUAUUGAGCAAUCUUCUUCUUCAGAUUGUGUUAAUACACGAACUAUAAAGAGGAACACGAAUUAUAAACCAACGUACACAAGAUCAGAAUCCACACCUAAAGAUACUAAGAGUGUCGAGGAAAAGUUAGCGAAAAGAGAAAAGAAUGAAAAAGCUGACUGCAAAUCAACGAAGGAAGAACCUAAAUCUCAAGGCAAUAUACAAAUAAAACGACUUAGUUUUGAAAGAGCCAGUCUUGAUUCUGUUACAAGAAAGACGAAAUCUGUCAUUGAAAACAAGCGUUCUUCCGCAGAACAACCAUCUACAUCAAAAUCGGUUUUAGAAAGGCGUUUAGAAAUAGAGCAAAUGACUAAAAGCCAAACUAAUAAAACGGUUCAGAAAAAGCCGCUGCCGAAACCGAAAUCUGUAAAUUCCAAAGUUGCAACAUUCGAAAGAAGUGUUAGUGAAAACAGUAGCAGGGAAACCAGAAGCAAACCUAGUGUUCCUUCGCCUGUCACUUUAAGACAGAGUGUUGCCAUAAACAAAAAUAGUGAUCUGAAUUCGGACGUAAAUGAUAAUGAUCCUAAAGAAAGUUGGGUAAAACAGGUUGUCAAUAAAUUCCAAUGAGCUUAUCGAGUGAUUACUGAUGCAUUUAGAAGUGAUUCCGUCUGUUUGUAUACUCCAAUUUUUAAAAAAUCCCACUUUCGAACUUAUCAUAAUUCAUAAGAUUAUUAUUGUUAAAUAUUGUGUCGGACCCUAUACUCUGAUCCAACGAGUGCCAACGUAAGGAUUUGCCAUUGGGUGUUCGCGCAACUUUGUCCUAAACAAAGAUUGAAAUAGAUUAUUUUUCAAAAACAAACAAGUCAUUCGUUGGACAGAUAUGUACGAAUCACUAUGUAAAUAAUGUUUUUGUUUUGUCAAACCUCCUUGAGCUUUGAUGUCUUGUGCCAUAGACAAGAUAGAUAUUUUGGCGGUAUGUUCAAUAUGUUAUACACUA